GCCAGCCACGGGGCCAAGGGCCGGCAGACGGCCCCGAAGCCGGCCCCCACCGGCCAUGCUCCAGCGCACCUGGUCCUACCUGCUGUACCUGUAUGGGGCCCUGAUCAGCGCCCUGAGCCCAUGCGCGCCCCCUGCCCCGCUGCCAGCCAGCGGGCUGGACCGGGACCAGUUCCCCCGGCAGUACCUGGGCACCUGGCACUUCAUCGCCGCCGCAGCAGCCACCCCUGCUGCCCUGGAGACCUUCGCAGGCAUCGACGGCUCCGUCUUCCACAUGGGGCAGGGCCCCCAGCCCCAGCGCCUGCAGCUCCGCGCCGCCCUCCGCCUGAAAUCAGGGGGCUGCGUGCCCAGAUCAUGGAUUUAUCUGCUUAACGAAGGGAGCACCGACCUGGCCACAGAAGGGCGGCCGGGGAUGAGGACUGAGCUGUUCUCCAGCAAGUGUCCAGACACCAUCAUUGUCCAGGAAACCGACCGAGACUAUCAAAGGAUCCUGCUGUACUCCCGCACCCCCCACCUGGCUGACGACUGCAUUGAGGAUUUCCGGAACCAAGCGUACUGCCUGGACAUGGAAGAAUUCCUGCUUAUCCCCCGCAGCCAAGACACCUGCCAGCUUCAGGAUUCCUGAUUGACCCACUGCCAGGCCUUUCUCCGUUUCUCUCUCCUCCCCUCUGCCAGCCCCCCAGGCUGCGGCGACUGGCCCCUCUGAGGAAACGCCCCCCCCCGAAGACUGACCCCCCCCUCAUUCGCCUGGAGGAAGAAACCCCAUUUCCGCAGAGCCUGGCAAAUAAAUCCUAAUCCUGCCGCA